AUGGGUCUCGACAAGCUCAUCCAGCAGCAGCUCGCUGCCGGCUGCUCCUCACGCCGCCUUCUCACUCUUCCCGUCGCCCUCGUCCUGGCUCUUUUCCUCUUAUGGACCGCUCGCAUAUCCUUUGGCGACUCGUUCCCCUCUCUGGCCAAGGCGUCGUCGUCUGUUCUCAAGGGGCCACCUCAACCCCCUCCCGUCGCCGGCGGUGGCGGCAGCAACGUCAACUAUCCUCCUCCGCCCGUCGACCUCUCCCAGCCCGACGCCCCCUUCGUCGGCUGGCCCCUCCAGAGGGUCUGCAACGAGGCCCAUUGGGUCGAUGGUCUCGUCUUCGUCUGCGACAAUAAUUCUGGCGGCAUUGGCAACGUUCGCAACUACAUCCAGACCUGUAUCCGCUACGCCAUCGAGGCCGGCGCAACUGGCCUCGUGGUGCCUCGCAUCCGCCAGCGCUCCGACAAGGAUCUUGCCGAUCUCUUCACGGACUUUCUGCCCUUCAACUACAUGUUUGACGAGGACCAUUUCCGCACCUCCAUGACCACCUUCUGCCCCCAGAUGACCCUCUACAGCAACCUCACUGACAUCCCUUCCUUCCACGACGCGGCCCUGCAGGUCGAGGAGAUCAAGCCCAAGGACAUGGUCAACAAGCACGUCGACUGGCAAGACUUCAACCGCCACACCGACCACUGGGGCGACGUCUUCCGCAAGUGGCUCUUCGAGGGCUUCCGCGUCGAGGGAACCGCAGCCGAGGCCACUCCGGACCAGCGGCCCCGCGCGCCCACUGUCGACAAGCCUCGCAUCAUCCGCUUCAAGUGGGGUGUCCUGUGGGAUUGGCCCGUCUACCGCGACGGCCCCGAGUUCGCCACCACCUUCGGCAGCAUUCUCAAGUUUCACCCCGAGCUCAUGUAUCUCGGCAAGCAGGCCGUCAAGUCGCUCCACCGCCUUUCCCGCGAGAACGGCGACCCCAUGGGUCAUUUCCUCGGCAUGCACUUGCGCUCCGAGAGCGACUCCAUGGGCUUCUGGCCCCAAUAUGAGGACCAGAACAAGGCCUACCUCGACAAGGCUCGGGAGAAGGGAUACAAGACGGCAUACCUGGCCACGGGCAACGCCACAGAGGGCCAGAAACUCGCCGACGGCGCCCAGGCCACCCUCGGCAUGAAGGUCUGGUCCAAGACGGACCUGCUCGAGCCCCAGGAUCUAGAGAAGCUGCAGGCCCUGACGUGGGACCAGCAGGGCGUGGUCGACUUCAUUGUCCUGCUCGCGAGCGAGUAUUUCGUUGGUGUGAUGCCCAGCAGCUUCUCCGUCUACAUGACCAUCAAGCGCCACCUCAAGAUGGAAGGCAUCUAUUCUCGCCCGUACAAGGUCGGCACCGAGGGUGAUGGCAGGUCUUACCUGGUCGGUAAAUACGACGAAUAUUACGGAGGUUGGCUUUUCAUGUUUGACGGCAUGUGGCCCUGA